UUAAGUGAAGACAAUUUCUUGAAUUAAUCCACUAAAGAAAUGACUCAUGUUCUGUUCAUUGUUCACACCCUCCCUUCAUUGUUGGGCAUGUCAACUGCUGACUAUACAGAUGACUUCACUUUGGAGGUGACCACAUUUGUUGGCAAUGUAGGCAACUGUGCAUUGCCUACAAAUGGGUUGAAGUCAACUGGGAGGUGAAAACAGCCUAACAGGACUCGUGGAGAAAUUUUUGCCACACUUAUCAAAGACUGUUAGGCACCAAUUAAACUUGUUUAGGCAAGGGGCUUCAUGGACCAGUUUCCAGCAUUCCUUAAAGAAUAGAUAAGAACAAAAGAAAAUAACUUAUAGGCAUCAACUGUGUGAAUUGCACAAGAAAAUCUUCAAAAGUUGGUUCUUGAAAAAUUUUCAAUGACAGCACCAAUUUUAGAAAUAGUUCUUAAACGACCUAGCAAAAUAUAUAAUCCUGGGGAAACUCUGUAUGGCUGCCUUGUUGUUUCAAAUCCUUGCAAAAGUGACCUCAAACAUGAUGGCAUCAUCAUGCAGCUGGAAGGGGUACUCAGCAUUCUCAUUCCUCCAAGCAAGCAAGGGCUAAUUGAUACUGUUGUCAACUCUUUAAAGCCAACUGUGCUGCACAGUGAGGUGCUGGAAAUUUGCAGAGCGGGCAAAUUCCCACAUGGUACCUCAGAAUUGCCUUUUGAGGUCUUGUUGCCCAUUUCAAGUCCUAAGAAGCCCAUUUAUGAAACAUUCCAUGGGAACAGCAUCAACAUCCAUUAUGCCCUAAGAUGCACCGUUAAAAGGAGUCUCCUCUCCAAGCCAUUGAUUCAAAUGACAGAAUUCCUGGUAGAGCAUAAGCCUUCAAGUUGUCCUCUGCCUCCACGUGUCAGAGAAUUCAGCCUCACCCCCGCAAAUGUAAACAAUGCUGGAGAAAGAAGCCGCUUGCCUAACUUCAGCAUCACUGGCCGUCUCGACAGUGACAUGUGUAGCCUCAGCAAGCCUCUCACGGGCGAGAUCUGUGUGCAGGAGUGCAGCGGAGGAGUUGUUAACAGCAUUGAGGUUCAGCUUCACAGACUUGAGACCUGCGGCAAUCCUGCUGACCAUUUGGCUCCCACUGAGACGAGUGAAGUGCAGAGCUGGCAAGUGUGCGACGGUGACGUGGCGCGUGGGCUGGCUAUUCCGCUGUGCCUACCGCUGCCGCGCGUCUUCACCUGCGCGACUGUCAGUUCCCGUAACUUUGCAAUUGGUUUUGAGGUGAUCAUUCAAGUAGCUUUCUGCAACGAUCAUCUGGUGAAGGAAACUAUCCCUAUUGUGUUAGAGAGAUGAGUGUUGCUAAUGUAUCAAUGUAAGGGCUAUUUAUAUAGGUUAAUAAUAGGCUUGUGAUUAUAUUCUUAAUAAUGAUUUAUAUUGAGAUCUUAUUAUUGUGAGAUUCAUCUUAAAUAUUAGGCAUAUUUUGAUCCUUUAACAAAUUGUUCAAAUGAAUUCGUCAUUGAGAAAACUGUUUUGUUAAAAUUAAUUUAACCUCCUUUUUAAAAACUCGAAUAAACUUUUACUUGAAA